GGUAAUGCUGGUUGGAAAAAUAUAUUGUUAUUUUCUUCGAUUGCAAAUAGCUUGAUGCUCUCGGGGAAUAAUAAUCUACAUAGUCUAACCAAGUGAUGACUUUACAAGCUUGGAAAAACUUUGUCAGCCAAAGAAGAUCCGUAUCCCAUUUAUCGAUUUUCCUCCCUUCUGCAAAAAAAAAACACUCGCUAAAGAAAGGGAAAACCAUGUAGCGAAUACACUGCCAAGAACCCCAUUCCACGCACUGUUUAGUAAAUAAAAAGCUGGCGCGAUGAAAAUAAAAAUGAUCGUUCUCCUGGCAAUGUGUGUAAUGUGUAUUCUUGGUCGCACUCAUUCGGCCAGUAAAGAGCAAUAUUUGGGGGAGUUCACCCUCGCACGAACGCAAAAAAAUACCCAACGUCAGCAACAUGGCGCAUUGUAUUAAUGGCUUUUAUCAUUUUCUCUUCUUCGUCAGCGGGAACACAAUGCAGAACUACGACUCAAUCAUGUCCGGAGCGCUUCCGCAGCAGCAGCAGCAGCCCAGUGCUGGUGGUUGGUACGACAUGACCAUCAAAUCCGAACCGCUGGACACUUCGAGCAACUAUGGUCAGCAGUUUUCGUCAAGCCACCAUCAUCAUCACCAUCACAAUCACAAUCUCCAGCAAGAUACUCCAAUGUCUCAUUCGAGCCCAACAUCUCCGCAGAGCGUGGACAGUAUGGAUUCGUUGAGUGGACGAAGUCAAUAUUAUGAUGCAAAAAACAGCAACACUGGAUUGAUUCAUGGUUACAAUCCAUUGGGAUUUAAUCCGCUAACUCCACCCGGAUAUGCUGGAAUGUUUAUUCCACCUCAGCAGCAACAGUCGCAGCUCCCAAGACAGACUACACCAAACCGUAACUACGGUAAACAGGACAGCGGCUACGUAUCAUCUACCCUAACACCAACACAUACCCCGCCAAUGGAUGUCACACCUCCAAAGUCACCCAAGGAUAUUGCGGAAACACCGGAAAAGGAAGAAGACCACGGAUCCGACUGUGGCGAUUCGUAUGAGGGAAGUGAAGAUGAAGAAGGAAUUCGCAAACCAAAAAUCAAUUCCCAUGGAAAGGUUAAGAAGUUUAAAUGUAAACAGUGCGAAUUUGUAGCAGUCACCAAGCUUAACUUCUGGGAGCAUACUCGAAGCCACAUCAAACCGGAAAAGAUGCUGACCUGCCCUAAGUGUCCUUUCGUUACCGAGUACAAACAUCAUCUGGAAUAUCACCUGCGAAAUCACCAACGAUCGAAGCCAUUCCAAUGCACCAAGUGCAGCUACAGUUGCGUCAAUAAGUCGAUGUUGAAUUCCCACAUGAAAUCCCACUCGAAUGUGUUCCAGUUCCGAUGUGCGGAUUGCAACUACGCUACCAAAUACUGCCAUUCGUUGAAACUGCAUCUGCGGAAGUACGCUCACAAACCGGGUGUCGUGCUGAACAUGGACGGAACACCAAAUCCACUGCCUAUUAUCGACGUAUACGGAACUCGUCGAGGUCCCAAAGCAAAACCACAAAAAUCCACCGAUCUCAAAACCGAAACAAGCCAACCUCCACAAUCUCCAGCGCAGGCUCCGCUGACACCGUUAUCACAUCAAUCGGUGCCCGUUCAAAAUCCAUUCACUCCGCCAAGUGGACACAACCUAGCCAGAAACCUACUCCCGCAUCAACUGCUUCAAAGUCCACUGGCGAACAUGUUCAAAAAUGCUGCCAGUAACAAUCUUCCGCUGUUCCCGUACCUGAAUCUCAACUUCCAGAUGUUUGCGGAUCAACAGGCUGCGAUUGCGCAACUCUCGCCCAACUUCCACCAACAGUUCUCCAAUCAAUUCCAUGACAAACUCAAUGGAGAAGAAUCCAACGAAACCCCAUCCAAAAACAAUCUAUCUCCGUCGUCAUCAUCUUCCUCUUCCGCAUCCAGCAUCGCCAGUGUCACCAACAACAGCAACCCCAAUCUGAGUGACGAACUGUUGAAACAAAUUACCGCCGCCGCAGCUGACAGCUCCAACCUCAAAGCGGAAUCUCACACAACCACGGACACCGACAUGGACUAUCUGAACAGCGGUGAAGAUCUACCUGCAUCCAAACGAGCCACGUUCACCCCACAUACUCCUUCAACCAGUACCGACAUCGGUUCCAGUAAUGCCGUCGGAGUUGGUAGUGGUAGUAAAAAUCGUCGCAAGGGCCGAGCCUUCAAGUUGGAACGAUUAAAUGAAUUUACCAAGACUUUAAAUACCGCCGGACCGAUGGUGAUGGAUAACUCGGACGAUGAGCAUACGGAUGAAGAUCACCGACGGCAGCCAGCUGCAUCCGUCCUGACUGCUAUCAACAAGCAGAAGACACCGGAGAAGGCGGGAGAUUCGAAGGAAUCCACCUCGGUUACCUCGAUCAACAGUGCCGUACAGACAACGCCGACACGAUGCUUCGAGUGCAAGUAUUGCGACAUCAGUUUCAAGAAUGACGUGAUGUACACGAUCCAUAUGGGAUAUCACGGAUAUGACGACGUGUACAAGUGCAACAUGUGCGGUGAGAAAAGCGAGGAUCGAAUUGGGUUCUUCCUGCACAUAGCACGGAAGGCACACUGAACCACAUUGAGAUCAAUUUAUAUGUUAGUACCGGUGGUGGUGGUUGUCGUGACAAAUAAUUGUACAAAGUAAGACAGAAUGUAUCUUUUAUAGCUAUAGCAAGGCAUGUAAAACUAGUCGUUGUUGGACAUUUGUUUUCUAUACUCUAAGCACUCCAAAAUGAAGACUGAACCGAACGCAGAAUUUUGCAGUGAGCGUAAUAAUCAAAUCAUUUUACAAAUUGAUGUAUAUUUUAAUAGUUAACUAAAUAACCAAGACUACAAAGUAAGCUAUCGCAUGUAACAGUGCAAAAGUCGCAUGUUUAACUUGUGAGAAGACAUUGUUUAUGAGACAUGCCAAAAAAGAGCAUAAAAUCAAAGAGUAGUUGAUAAGAUUUAAUACAAAGACAAUUUUUAUAGCGUUUAAGGGCUUCAUGGCGAGACACACAAUUGUUGUAAU